AUGUUGCAGCGAACCACUAUUUCUUUAGGAAAGUACUCGAAACUUUUUUCUCGUUCCACAAAACGUCUUAUUCAACCUGCAACAUGCGUGCCCUUUUCCGGGCUGAGCAUACAGCCCUUUCCCGGGAUCCAGCGAGACACAGAUAGAAUCCUGCAAGAACCACAAAAGAAGGAUCAGAAUGGCGUUCAAAUCUGGCCUUACCUUGUCUGGAAGACGCCGGUACCCGAGGUGACUCCAAACAUACUGGAAGGACAAGAUGGCUUUUUGAAGGAUCUGAAGCUGCAACAGCCAACUUGCAUGGGCUCUAAAAAAUGCGGAGGAGGCGAUGAUUUGAAGAAGAAAUGCGAUGCUCUGGCUGCUAAAAAGAAAGGCAAGCCGAAAAAAAAGAAAAAAGGAAACAAUUGUGAGGAAGGUGGUAAAAAAGAUCUGGAAAAAAUUUGCCAUGCGUUAGAAAUGCUGAAAAAAUGUAGAAAGUGCCGAAAAGCUAAGGCUAAAAAGGGCAAGAAAGACGAAUCGAAGACCAAAUGCCAAAAAGUUAAGAAAAAGGAAGAGGGGUCACAGUGCAAGGGAUCAGGCAAAAAGGACAAGGACACCAUAGAGAAAGAGAAGUGCGAUAAAAUGGCCAAGGAGGCAAUGUGCAAAAAAAUGGCAGAAGAGGCCAAGAAAAGAGAAAAGGAAAAGAAGGCUAAAAAGGUUGAGGUUUCAAAGUCGGAGGACGAAUGCGAGUAA